AUGGCCGCCGCCGGAGGAGCCUCCAGCCCCAGCGCCGGGCUGGGCGGGCGGCCGAGGCUCCGGGGCUCGGGCUGGCGCUGGCCAACGCCGCUGCUGCUGUGCCUGCUCCUGCUGCCCCCGUCGCCGCCGCUGCCCCUGGCCGGCUGCACGGCCGCGGCCACGGCCGCCGCCGCCCGGGACCCCGACAGCCCCUGCCGGCUCAAGACCGUCACGGUGUCCACGCUGCCCGCGCUGCGGGACUCCGACCUGGGCUGGAGCGGGGGCCGCGCCGGGGCCGCCCCUGGCCCGGGGACCCCCGGAGCCUCCCCGGGCGUCGGGGCAGCCGCCGCUGCCGCCGCUUCUGCCUCUGCCGCCGCUUCGGCCGCGUCCCCCGGCGCCGCCGCCGCCGACUCUCGCCUCCUGCUCUUUGUGCGCAACGAGCUGCCGGGGCGCAUCGCGGUGCAGGACGAUCUGGACAACACCGAGCUGCCCUUCUUCACGCUGGAGAUGUCGGGUACAGCGGCAGACAUCUCACUGGUGCACUGGAGACAGCAGUGGCUUGAGAAUGGCACAUUGUACUUCCAUGUCUCCAUGAGCAGCUCUGGGCAGCUGGCUCGGGCCACCACCCCCACGCUCCAGGAGCCAUCAGAGAUUGUGGAGGAGCAGAUGCACAUCCUCCACAUUUCCGUGAUGGGAGGUCUCAUCGCACUCCUGCUCCUUCUUCUGGUAUUCACGGUGGCACUGUAUGCCCAGCGACGCUGGCAGAAGAGACGUCGCAUCCCGCAGAAGAGUGCCAGUACAGAAGCCACUCAUGAAAUCCACUAUAUCCCCUCGGUCCUGCUGGGUCCCCAAGCCCGAGAAAGCUUUCGCGCCUCUAGGCUGCAGGCACACAAUUCUGUCAUCGGGGUGCCUAUCCGAGAGACCCCCAUCCUGGAUGACUAUGACUAUGAAGAGGAUGAUGAGCCUCCCCGGCGGGCCAACCACGUGUCUCGUGAGGAUGAGUUUGGCAGUCAGAUCACUCACACGUUGGACAGCUUGGGCCGGCCAGGGGAAGAGAAAGGAGAUUUUGAGAAGAAAGCAGCAGCUGAGGCGGCGCAGGAGACAGUGGAGUCCCUGAUGCAGAAAUUCAAGGAGAGUUUCCGGGCUAACACCCCCAUCGAGAUCGGUCAGUUGCGUUCGGCACCCCACAGCAUCUCUGGAGGGAAGCGGAAACGGAGGAGCAAGUCUCGAGGGGGACUUAGCUUUGGAAGAAGCAAGGGAACAUCCGGUUCAGAAGCAGAUGACGAGACACAGCUCACCUUCCAUACUGAACAGUACCGCAGCCGUCGCCGCAGCAAAGGUUUGUUGAAGAGCCCCGUGAACAAGACAGCUCUGACACUGAUUGCUGUGAGCUCCUGCAUUUUGGCCAUGGUGUGUGGCAGCCAGGUAUCCUGCCCACUCACUGUGAAGGUGACUCUGCAUGUGCCUGAGCACUUCAUCGCAGAUGGAAGCAGCUUUGUGGUAAGCGAAGGGAGUUACCUGGACAUCUCUGAUUGGUUAAACCCAGCCAAGCUGUCUCUAUACUACCAGAUCAAUGCUACCUCUCCAUGGGUGAGGGAUCUUUGUGGACAGAGGACAACAGACGCCUGUGAACAGCUCUGUGAUCCAGAUACUGGAGAGUGCAGUUGUCACGAAGGCUAUGCUCCAGACCCAGUCCACAGACACCUGUGUGUGCGCAGUGACUGGGGACAGAGUGAAGGACCUUGGCCUUACACAACACUAGAGAGAGGAUAUGAUCUGGUGACAGGGGAACAAGCUCCAGAAAAGAUUCUCAGGUCUACUUUCAGCUUGGGCCAAGGACUCUGGCUUCCGGUCAGCAAAAGUUUUGUGGUUCCACCUGUGGAGUUGUCCAUCAACCCCCUGGCCAGUUGCAAGACCGAUGUGCUCGUCACAGAAGACCCUGCUGAUGUCAGGGAAGAAGCAAUGCUGUCCACAUACUUUGAAACCAUCAACGAUCUGUUGUCCUCCUUCGGGCCAGUUCGUGACUGCUCUCGUAACAAUGGGGGAUGCACUCGAAAUUUCAAGUGUGUGUCUGACCGACAGGUGGAUUCCUCCGGAUGUGUGUGCCCUGAGGAGCUUCGACCUAUGAAGGAUGGCUCUGGCUGCUAUGACCACUCCAAGGGCAUUGACUGUUCAGAUGGCUUCAAUGGGGGCUGCGAGCAGUUGUGUCUGCAGCAGACACUCCCUCUACCCUAUGAUGCCACCUCUAGCACCAUCUUCAUGUUCUGUGGAUGUGUGGAGGAAUACAAGCUGGCUCCUGAUGGGAAAUCCUGCCUGAUGCUGUCAGAUGUCUGCGAUGGCCCCAAGUGCCUCAAAUCUGACUCUAAAUUCAAUGAUACCCUCUUUGGAGAGAUGCUGCAUGGUUACAACAACCGGACUCAGCAUGUGAACCAAGGCCAAGUCUUCCAGAUGACCUUCAGGGAAAACAACUUCAUCAAAGACUUUCCUCAGUUGGCCGAUGGGCUGUUGGUGAUCCCGCUGCCAGUAGAGGAGCAAUGUCGGGGGGUCCUCUCUGAGCCCCUCCCAGACCUCCAGCUGCUCACGGGAGACAUCAGGUAUGAUGAGGCCAUGGGUUACCCCAUGGUGCAGCAGUGGCGGGUCCGGAGCAACCUGUACCGUGUGAAGCUUAGCACCAUCACUCUGUCUGCAGGCUUCACCAAUGUCCUCAAGAUCUUGACCAAGGAGAGUAGCAGGGAGGAGCUUCUGUCCUUCAUCCAGCACUAUGGCUCUCAUUACAUCGCGGAGGCCCUUUAUGGCUCAGAGCUCACCUGUAUCAUCCACUUUCCAAGCAAGAAGGUGCAGCAACAGCUGUGGCAACAAUAUCAGAAAGAGACCACUGAGUUGGGCAGCAAGAAAGAACUCAAGUCUAUGCCCUUCAUCACCUACCUCUCAGGUCUCCUGACUGCCCAAAUGCUGUCAGAUGACCAGCUCAUCUCAGGUGUAGAGAUCCGUUGUGAGGAGAAAGGCCGCUGCCCAUCCACCUGCCACCUCUGUCGCCGGCCAGGCAAGGAGCAGCUGAGCCCCACACCGGUGCUUCUGGAAAUCAAUCGUGUGGUACCGCUUUACACCCUUAUCCAAGACAAUGGCACCAAGGAGGCCUUCAAGAGUGCACUGAUGAGCUCCUACUGGUGCUCAGGGAAAGGAGAUGUGAUCGAUGACUGGUGCAGGUGUGACCUCAGCGCCUUUGAUGCCAGCGGGCUUCCUAACUGCAGCCCCCUCCCACAGCCGGUGCUGCGACUGUCCCCAACAGUGGAACCCUCCAGUACUGUGGUGUCCUUGGAAUGGUUAGACGUUCAACCAGCUAUUGGGACUAAAGUCUCUGACUAUAUUCUACAGCACAAGAAGGUGGAUGAAUACACUGACACAGACCUCUACACAGGAGAAUUCCUGAGUUUUGCAGAUGACUUACUCUCUGGCCUGGGCACAUCUUGUGUAGCAGCGGGUCGAAGCCAUGGAGAGGUCCCUGAAGUCAGUAUCUACUCCGUCAUCUUCAAGUGUCUGGAGCCCGAUGGUCUCUACAAGUUUACUUUGUAUGCUGUGGAUACACGAGGGAGACACUCAGAGCUCAGUACGGUGACCUUGAGGACAGCCUGUCCACUGGUGGAUGACAACAAGGCAGAAGAGAUUGCUGACAAGAUCUACAAUCUGUACAAUGGGUACACGAGUGGAAAGGAACAGCAGACUGCCUACAAUACAUUGAUGGAGGUCUCGGCUUCGAUGCUAUUCCGUGUCCAGCACCAUUACAACUCACAUUAUGAGAAGUUCGGAGAUUUUGUCUGGAGGAGUGAGGAUGAGCUAGGACCCAGGAAGGCCCACCUGAUAUUGCGGCGACUGGAGAGGGUGAGCAGACACUGUUCCAGUCUCCUAAGAAGUGCCCACAUUCAAAGUCGGGUGGACACUGUGCCCUACCUGUUCUGCCGCAGCGAGGAGGUGCGGCCAGCGGGCAUGGUGUGGUACAGCAUCCUCAAGGACACCAGGAUUACCUGCGAGGAAAAGAUGGUGUCUAUGGCCAGGAACAUGUAUGGAGAGGCCAAGGGCCGGUGAGGGAGGGUGUCGCCUCCAAGAGCACAGAGUCCCUCCGAGGGAGGGAGUGCAGGACACUCACAGACCCUGGGGCCUGGGUGGGCUGGGGGGCAGCUGAGGAGGGUCCUGGCAGCGGUGGCCUGCCAGCAAGGCCAAAGCAAACACCUUCUCUUGUGGAUACCCAACAGAGAACUUUGUAACCACUGGAAUUACUCUUUCUUUCUCCCUGUUAUCUCUUUAUUUUUCUCCUUCUAAGAUAUGAUUUGACACUUUCAAAGCCUUUCCUUUUUAAACUCUUUCUCAUGGAUGAUGGUCAGUCCCAAGGCAGGAGACCAAGCGGCCUUUCCUCUUAAUCCUUCCUCCUGCCACGCACAGCUUCCUUCCUGCCCUGGAGCCCUGGAGGGCACCGAUGGAGAAACAUGUUGACCUCUUCGGCAUCAGGAAGGAGGACCCCAGCCCCUAAGCAUCACCUCCCAUGGAAUGUUGCAGUGAGGAAGCUUGGGUCUUUAGAAUGUUUAUUUUCUUUCCCAAGAUCCUAUUGAAUUGAUUGGCAGGACCCCUGCCUCUUCCUGCUACCUGCUGAUCUACACAGAGGCCUGGCAGGAAUUUCAUGCAUUAAAAAUUCCUAUCAUCUCUCUA